CCGACCCUCAACCUUACACACCACACACAAAAAAAGCCCUAAAUGAACACAUGUGGCCCUCGGAGGUCCUUCACUCAUGAGUUAGGUUCUAGUAAAGGACGUGACGUAUCAACUUUAUAAGAUUCCGAAUCCGAAGUUCCAAAUUCUGAGUUUUGGUUGGUGUCUCCUCAUUGACUCGCAUAGCUCACUCUCGGAAUCUAUCACCCGUCGUUUCGAUUGAUGGUUGCAGCGUCGUUGUACGGAGGAGCAACAGCGGCUGGUUGUGCAGUUCCUUUUGCUUCACCUGGUUAAUUUUUUCACUUUCUAUCUUCUUGUGGAAGGGCAGGGAUAAAGGGUCAAUAGUUGUGUGGUGCAAUCAGUGUUUGAAAUUGCGGCGCGCCUCCUCAAUUUCCAGGAAUGUUGCGAUUAAAGGCGAACCUUAUUUUACGCCAUAAGAAGGCUUACGCAUUUUGGGGCUGACGCGUACAAUAUAAGAGAUUUAGAAGCACUCCCAUGGCUGAUCUAAAAGAACGGCUGCUUCCUACAAAAUAUGCACCAUCAGUUGCAAACACAAGAGAGGCAUCUUAUAGGUCAUCAGCUUCUGGUCGUCAACCAUUCCAAGGUCUGGACGUCCCAGGCCUUAAAAAGCGUGGCCAGGGAGUUCGGUCUUGGAUCCGUGUAGAAGUUUCUGGAAACUCCCAAGUCAUUGAGGUUGACAAGUUCACAAUGAUGCGCCGCUGUGAUCUCCCGGCACGUGAUCUUCGGCUACUUGACCCAUUAUUUGUGUACCCUUCAACGAUUCUUGGAAGAGAGAGGGCCAUUGUUGUUAACCUUGAGCAGAUUAGGUGUAUUAUUACGGCAGAUGAGGUUCUACUUUUGAACUCUCUUGACAGUUAUGUUCUUCAGUAUGUGGUGGAGUUGCAGAGGCGGUUGCAGUCUGGUGGGGUUGGUGAGGUUUGGCAACCGGAAGGUCCUCAGUUGAGCCGAAGGAGAGGAAGUAGUAGGAAUCUUGAGAGUAUAUUUGGGAACUCAUCACCUGAUUAUUUACCUUUUGAGUUCCGCGCUCUUGAAGUUGCUCUUGAAUCCGCUUGCACUUUUCUUGAUUCUCAGGCGGCAGAGCUAGAAAUUGAAGCAUACCCUUUGUUGGAUGAACUUACAUCAAAGAUAAGCACAUUGAAUCUGGAGCGUGUUCGUCGUUUGAAAAGUAGACUUGUUGCCUUGACGCGUCGUGUUCAAAAGGUUAGGGAUGAGAUAGAGCAACUUAUGGAUGAUGACGGUGACAUGGCUGAAAUGUAUCUUACUGAGAAGAAACAACGGAUGGAAUCAUCAUUGGUUUACGGUGAUCAAUCUUUGAUUGGGUAUAGAUCAACUGACGGUGUGAUGUCUGUUUCCGCUCCGGUUUCUCCGGUUUCUUCUCCUCCAGAUAGCAACAGGAAGCUUGAGAAGAGUUUGAGCAUAGCCAGAAGCCGGCACGAGAGCAUGAGAAGUUCAGAGAGUGUUGUAGAGGCACAAAGUAUAGAGGAGCUUGAGAUGCUGUUAGAAGCUUAUUUUGUUGUCAUUGAUAGCACCCUCAACAAGUUAACUUCGCUCAAGGAGUAUAUUGAUGAUACAGAAGAUUUCAUCAACAUUCAGCUGGACAAUGUGCGGAACCAACUUAUACAGUUUGAGCUGAUACUAACCACUGCAACAUUCGUAGUUGCAAUCUUUGGUGUGGUUGCGGGUAUAUUUGGAAUGAAUUUUGAGAUCCCGAUGUUCCAAUACGACAAUGCGUUUAAAUGGGUGCUUAUAAUCACCGGGGUUUGUGGACUCGUGAUUUUCCUCUCCUUUCUGUGGUAUUUUAAGUACAGAAGAUUGAUGCCACUAUAGAUAGCAGAGAUUUGAAAGAAUUGG